GCCUCUCGGCGUGGGGCCUCACGGGAGGGGCCGUCGUGUGAGGUUUGGGUGCCGGCCCCGCCCCCCGCGCCGCUCUUCCCGCCCGGAACGCCCGGUGCGCGCCCGCGUGCUGCCCUGGCCCAGCCCCGAGGGAGGCGGCCCUGCCCUCCGGGAAGAUGUCCUACGGAUCCAUCACCGGCAGCAGCGGGCUGGGGAGCCGGGGCCCUUUCGGGGGACCCUCACGACAAGGCUAUCAGCCGCUCGCCACCCAGCUGGACCCGAGGGACCUGCAGGGGCUGUUCCAGGAGGCGGCGGCCAGUGUCUCCUGCAUCAGCACCAGCGGCCUGUGUGACCUGGACGAGUCCUGGGAAGCAGCGCCUCAGAGCCGCCCUCAGGCCAGCCCCCUGGUCACCCGGGCUGGGGGUUGGGCGACCUCCUUGGAGCAGAGCCUCCGGUCCCUGGGGACACCGAGGGACACCCAGGAGCUGCGGGACAGCCUGCACCUGGCGCAGCAGGAGACCAACCGCACCAUCGCCACCAGCACCAGUGUGGUGAAGCGGCUGGCGGAGCUGCUGCGGGGCUGCUCCCGGCAGGAGCGGCUUCAGCUGGACCGCCUGAAAACUCAGCUCUCGGACGCCAUUCAGCGCUACGGAGCGGUGCAGAUGACAAUUGCGGAGAAGUCCCGAGCUCUGCUUCCCACGGCGCAGACGGGUGGCCGGCAGCAGGACCCUCCAGCCGUCCCACGGGCUGUGCUCCUGCGUCAAAAGGGGACCCGCACCCUUGGCCCUGGAGGGAGGAGAAAGCCGCCUUUGUUGACGCCUGGAAAUGGAAACGCAUCACAGGGGCCCUCCGCCCGCCCUGAGCAGAGGCAGCAGCUCCCGAUCCGCUGGAGCUGAGACCCAAAUUGGGCCUUUGUGAGGAGAAUAAGGGCGCUUUCUGGUCUCUUCAGGAAAGGGAAGGGCUGCGGGGUCUCGCUAAGCACUCCCCCCUGGCCGUCUCCUGUCCUGAGCCCUCCCCCCGGCCCAUCUCCUGUCCUGAGCCCUCCCUCCUGGCCGUCUCCUGUCCUGAGCCGUCUCCCGGGCCUGUUUCUUGUCCUGAGCUGCGGGGAGGGCAGCGGUACCUGUGGAUGGGCCAGUACGCGGGUCCCCAGCCCACACGUCUGCACAGUAGCUGGCGACCUUGCCCCGGGCGAGGGCCCCUGUCUCUGCAGGUGAGGAUGGGGACCCUGCCCGGUCCUCCCGGGGGGCCAGAGGCUGCAGCUUCCCGAGGGGCCGAGCCGCAGGGAGGGAGGCCUGGGCAGGCCUGUGGGGCAGCCCCUCCCGGAGGGCAGUGGUCAGUGCUGCUUUGGUCAGGAGGCUUGUCAGCAGAUGCUUUAGAGCUUUCACUUCAUCCCAUCUGCCCUGAGUUUAUUGUCUGAAGGCCUCGGGGAGGAGGGUUAGCGGACCCUACCGCCCCACCUGCCCACCAGCUGGCCCCCUGUGACUGAGAGUGGUGCAGCCACCUGCGGGCCGGCCGGAGCAGGAGCCGUGAGGGAGAAGGCUGCCUUCACACCUGCCCUCCUGGCCCAGGGCCCUGGGCCGUUCCCCUCCCCCCACCCCCCUGCAGGCUUUGUCACUUCGGUGCUGCAGCUCUUGUGUGGACUUCCUGGUUUCUGUGCCCAGCAAGCAUGUCUGGGCGCUGGGCUCUCGCCGUCCAUGGCGCUGUCCCCCGGCCCGGCCAGGCAGCCUUCCCGUCCCGAAUGUGCGGGAAGAACUUGAGACUGGACCAUGUUCCUGGGCGGGGCUGGGGGUGGGGACCAGCAUGGCCGUAGCUGCCAUCCACGGGACCCUGCUUAUGACCUGCAGGCCCCCCGCUGAGUGGUCCUCCGACCCCCUGGAGUCCUCACCAGGAGGCAGGGCCAUGGGCGGCUCUGGGAGGCCUCUGCGUGGCCCUGGCUGAGGCCGGGGUGGUACUGCCAUGUGCCCCCUGCAGCCAGGUUUGGGGUGGCCAGAGGCGCGGGCACGGCUGCAGGCGGGGCCCAUGUCUGCUGUUUCUGCCCCCUGCCCCCCACUCACAGCAGCCCUAUGCCCAGUGGCUCUGCGGGGAUGAACCCCCAGCACAGGGUGGAGGCCCAGGCCCAC